GUCGAUCCAUAGCCAAAUGGAUGCGCGCGGCGUGCAGCCUGUUGCUUGUGGAGACCGAGUUCGGAGGUUUUUUCUAUGGCGUGUUGAUUAAUGCACGAAGUGUUGUGAUCCUCUCUAUUGUUGCACACAUCUCGCCAUGCCUUCUGCGGAAGCUAAACGGUAUCAAGUUCCCACUGGCUUCUCUGCUACCACUGAUAGUAUUGCCCUCCCAGCUGAGGAAAUUUCAGCAGAUGAGCACCGCCUCUGGCUCAUCCAGACUCCACAUGACGUUAAGAUUUCAGACCUGGAUGGAGUGAAGAUUUCACUCCGAGGUGGCGAUCAUGCUGUGCUCCAAAUUGGAGAGAAUAGCUAUGAAUUCACCAGGAACGAGCAUCGGGGGGACACUCAGCGGUUGUCUGUUUUGGUACAAGAGGAAGCAGGCGAACAGCUAAUGCUUGCUUCAGGUGUUUUUUCUGGCAUGGCUACUCUCACAAAGAAAGUAGUGUGUCCAGAUAAACCACAGGCUCCAAGCCCUUCAAAGCAGCCACGGCUCGAUUACUCGGCCCAUGAGACUGCCCGACAGCGUUUUAUGCCAUUUGGGUCAGAUAAUGUGGUGACUAUCAGCAAACGACGCAAGGACAAGGUGGAGAAGGUUAAGAAAUGCAAGAAGUCCAAGAAGUGAUCUGCUUUCUCUGGGAAAAUACAUUAAACAUAGUUUUGAAGGACAUCCAGGCAUAAGGCCAAGUGCUUGAUGGUGAAAUUGUACAGACCAGGUCUGCUGACGGAAAAGCAGCAACAAUCUUAGCUGCAUAAGAUGCUGCAGUGUGGAAUAAAUAUGUAAAUAUGCUGGAAUAA